AUGGUCGCGGCUCCUCUUCCACAUCACAUGUUGGGGGCUGCGCGCCAUGGUCGCUGUAUCUCCACCGCGGGUCCUCUCCUGUGGACUCGCUGCCGCUCGUCUCCCCGUGGCCGCUGCUGCUCGCGGCCAGGCGUUACUCCGCGCACCCUGCGCUUCCAUACCGAGAACGGGACUUCUGUCUGCCUGCCGUUGUCUGCCUGCCGCUGUCCACCCUUCUCCCUGCCUCCACUCACGGGGGAUGAGCCAAAGAGCUUAAGCCAAGAUGUACAGGAAACCCUCAACUUUUUUGAGCAAACCAUAGACUCCCUAGAGAAAGGUCUGAAUGAGGAGGAGUUGAGGCCACAAGUCAAGUGGUUCAACAAUCCAGUAGAUAAAGAUGGGGGGUCCCAUAGUCAUGUCAACGUAAAGGAGCAGGACAUUAUCGACCUUGUUCGCCCUAAACCAGACCUGCUGCAGACCAGAGACACAUCCUUCACCCCAUACAGUCCAGAUUUCCAAAGUUUGAUUCAACAUCCAGAGAGCCACUUUGAUGUGAAACCUCGCAGCGAUCCUGGAGAUCCCUCACCCUUGACAGAAUUCAGCUCUUCACUUACAGAUAGUCACUCAGUGUAUCACCCUCCAGGCAGCAUCCCAACUCCAGCUCUGAUUGCUCAGAAGAUUGCAGAAAACCAAAGUGGUGGUAGCACAGCGCUGAGUGCAUCAUCCCUCCUUAGACGGCGAAGCUCUGAGUUUGACAAAUCAACUAACUCAAACAAGCAAGGUCCUCCCACCUCUACCAAACCUGCACGCUAUCCAGCCAAUAUCAUUGUGGUUCAUGGAAACAGAGAGCAGCAGAAUACAUCACUGGCAAACAUUAACGUUGAGGAGAGAAAGAAACUAAUGUUCCUCCAGAACCAUAAAGCCACCAGCCCCAACUCCAGCACCAAGACCUCCACGCCACUCCCAUCAUGGGCCCACAACACCCCUGAAGUCCCCUCAGAGGGCUUUGUCUCCUGA